AUGGCCGCUGCAUAUCUGGCGGAGUAUCUGCCGCACUUUCGAGGGAUCGCCAUAACUAUGACUCUAGCAGCCGUAAAGGCCAUCAAAAGGGAAUUGAGCAUGGCUCUCUGCCCUCAUGUCCUUCCACGACAUCUCCUGCUAUCUAUGUUCUGCAUCGGUACCUCAGCUUGCUGGACUGACCCACUGCAGUUUGGCCUCCCGUUCCUGAAGGAGACAAAAGCCAUACUCAAGUCCUACAACCAAUCGAAACACUUUCUCUCCAAAGAUGAUCAAGAUGCAAUACUCUUCUUCAAUAAGAGUACUCUGUAUUGGGACAUGCUGUGUAGUACCAUUGGCGCACAAGACACGGACAUCAUUGACCCUAUUACUACCUCUUCAGCUAUGUCGUCGCAGCCAUGGAGCAGCCAGGGUAAUUUGCAUCCAUGGACAGGUGUCUCAACCGAGAUCAUGGAGCUCUUCUUCCGCUCCAUCCUUCUAUGCAAGGGAUUUCGAGCCCGAAUGACCCAGGAUCAUCGACAGAGUUCACGGUCACUUCAGGCCGCCCUCCGUGAUAUUAAAGAGGCACGGGAGCUCCAUCAGUGCCUGAAAUCCUUCCCCAUACCAGCGGAACAACACAUUUGCGACACGGGAGAUAUGUUAACACCUAAACAACACCUGGUUCAAAUAGCAGAAGCCUACCGACUGGCUGCCAUGGCCCACUUGUACCAAACCUUCUCUGACCUGAGAAACCAGGAUACAUUACAAAAUGGAUACGAUCCAGUUGACGCCGAGUACCGAGUCCUGGACUUAGGCUUGAAGAUCAUACGUAUCCUCGAAAAGAUUCCCUUGGCCUCUGGUACUCGUUGUAUUCAACCUCUUCUCUGCUUGACGGCCGGGAUAAUCAUGAAGGUUGAUAUGCCAACAAUAAAUCCGCAGCAGCAUACCUCGACGUUGCUGAGCGAUAUAUUAUCAGCCGAUCUGCGUGGCGCACCGCUUCACGAUCCCCAAUUUCAAGAUAUCCAUCACAAUACCUUGGGAGCUACAAAACGCUCUACCGAAAUUAGCCAGGGACGCCGAUUUGUACUCGAGCGCUUAAGCAUACUGGAAAGUAGUCUCCCUCCCAAGCCUAUCCGGGUCGUCAAGGGACUGGUUCAGACCGUUUGGGCAGCCUAUGAUGUCCAAGGUGCUGGGGUUAGUCAAGUGCACUGGAUCAACAUCAUGGCUCAGUCUAACUUGAGGACGAUAUUUGGGUAG